GUCCGGGCGCUGCGGGAAAGGGCUCAGCCAUGGUGCCGCAUCCCGGCCAGGAGCCCGCCCGCGGCUAGAGCCGGCCCCGGCCGGAGAGCUGCGGCGGGGCAUCCCUCAGCCUGAGCGCCUCCCCGCGCCCCCCCGGCAUGGAGCCGGGCGGCCUGGAGUGGCUGCUGGUGCCCAUGCAGCAGCUGGUGUCGUGGGGCGCCGCGGGGGCCAUGGUGUUCGGCGGCGUGGUGCCCUACAUCCCCCAGUACCGGGACAUCCGCCGGACACAGAACGCAGAGGGCUUCUCCACCUACGUCUGCCUGGUGCUGCUGGUCGCCAACAUUCUGCGGAUACUGUUCUGGUUUGGAAGGCGUUUUGAAUCCCCUCUUUUGUGGCAAAGCAUUAUCAUGAUCAUUACGAUGUUACUGAUGCUGAAGCUGUGCACCGAAGUCCGAGUGUCCAACGAGCUGAACAUAAAGCGCCGCUCUUUUGCAGCCGCAGAUAGUAAGGAUGAAGAAAUCAAAGCACCUCCCAAGAGAUCCUAUCUGGAUUUUGACUUGAACUAUUUUUGGCAUUGGAGCAAGUUUACAGACUACAUGCAGUGUGUCCUCACCUUCACUGGCGUGACUGGUUACAUCACUUACCUCUGGUUGGACUCGUCACUCUUUGUGGAGACGCUGGGCUUCCUUGCGGUGUUCACCGAGGCCAUGCUGGGUGUCCCCCAGCUCUACCGCAACUACCAGAACAGAUCUACAGAAGGAAUGAGCAUCAAGAUGGUGCUGAUGUGGACCAGUGGGGACACGUUCAAGACUGUUUACUUCAUCCUGAAUCAGGCCCCUUUCCAGUUCUCCAUCUGUGGACUCCUGCAGGUUUUUGUGGACAUCGCUAUCCUGUUGCAGGUUUACUUGUACAGCUACUACCCUCAGAAGCCUGUGUCCCACACUGCACACCCAGCCAGCACCAAGGCCCUGUGAGGAACUUAGCUGGACAGGCUGCAGGUCAACAGUGCUGUGGAGUCAGCCAUGGCAGGGCUCCUCUUCCACUUGUAAAUACUCUGGGGCUGCUGAGUCAAAAGGAGAAAUGAGAACAAGGGUUGAAAACCUGGCUGCACUUCCAGCUCAGGAAGUUUUAUUUUAAAUAACUUGCUCGCUCUGUUUUCAGACUUAGCUGUACAGAACUGUUUCUCGGUGGGGGGGAGGGGCACUUUAUUUUUGCAUAAGUACCUAUGAGCCUUAUCAACUCACAGAUGUUUGUAUAUUUAAUCACAAGGGCUGGAUGGUUUGUGUUUUUAAUGCUAUUUAAAAAUGUUACACCACAGAAAUUAUAGGAUAUUUUGUCUGAAACUUUUACCUAUUUAUAUAAUAUAAAGUCUGUAUAUUG